AUGCCGAAAGGAAAACGCACGCGAAUCGUCGCCUUGACGAGAACACGAAAGAAAGGCCUGGAUUCCAAGAAAAAGCUAAUGGACGACCUCAGGUCCUGUCUUGAAGACUACGAGCGAGUGUUUGUUUUCUCUGUUCGGGACAUGAGGAACGCGAAGCUGAAGGACAUGAGAACCAAGUGGAGAACCAGCAGGUUUUUCUUCGGCAAGAACAAAGUGAUGGCCAUUGCGUUGGGCCGCACUGCGGAAGAGGAGCAGGCGGACGGUUUGCACAAGUUGUCCAAGGCCCUGCGGGGCCAGUGUGGCCUCAUGUUCACCAACAGCGCCAAGGACGACGUGGUGGACUUUUUCGGCAAAUACGUGGAGGCGGAUUACGCGAGGGCCGGCGCCGUGGCCACGGACGACGUGGCCCUGGAAGAAGGCCCGCUGCCGGAUUUCCCGCACUCUGUCGAGCCUUACCUGAGGUUGAAGCUGGGUCUGAAAACCACGUUGAACCGAGGCGUGGUGACGUUGCUGAAGCCACAUAUUGUCUGUCGGAAAGGCGAGCGGAUGACUCCUGAGCAAACACGGCUCCUCAAGCUUAUGAACCAUCCCAUGGCAGAGUUCCGAGUCAACCUAGUUGCCGUGUGGAGCAAAGACGGGGUCGUUGAAAGACUCAAUCCUGAUGCUGACGGAGAAGAAGACGAAGAAGAAGAAGGAAGCGGUGCAGAAGACGACGCUGAAGACAUGGAUUCUGAUUGA